AUGAAAACAAAAAAAAACAGAUGUGGAAAAAAGGUCAAGCGCAUAAGAUUUGAACGGCCACACUCGUUUGACGACGCAGAGAAUCGCUGUCGUGUCUUCAAAGGACACUUAACCUCAAUCCACAGUUAUUUGGAGAACGAAUUCGUUGAGCGGAUUGCGGAAAAUGGAACAUUUGCUGGCAAGAGUGAUCGCCUGUCGUGGAUAGGGCUGAAGCGGAGCAAGGGUAACAAAACCUGGCAUUGGACUGAUGGCUCUCCUUACGGUUAUAAUAAGUGGGCAGGACAGCCGGAGAGUGAGAACAAGACAGAGGAGAAAUGCGCACAGGUGAUUACGGUAUCGUUUGGUACUUUUUCAACCCUUCGUCGAUUCAGAUGGUAUCCACGUUUACAAAGAAAAAAGCUAUCGUCUUUAAAGCAUUAUGGCACGACGCGAAUUGCAACUCCAACGCGACAUUUUUCAUUUGCAAAAAGAAAGCUUGAUAUAUUUUGUGUUGUUAAGAUUUGA